GUUUUGGGCCCUGCUAUAUUAGGUGACCGUCUCUCUUGUGGCCACAGUCCCACUGAGUCUGCGAGUCAGUCAACAUGGGUCAGCGGACGCCUCACAACAUUUUGUUUCUCUUGCUUCUCUGCAGGUUCAGUGGCCUUUCUGCCAGUUCAAGAAGGUUCACCCUGCUGGCUCCAGACCUGCUGAGGACAGAAAACCAGGAGAACAUCUACCUGCAGGCUGAUGGUCUAUCCAGUCCCAUUACUGUCUCCAUCUCCAUCAGGGACUACCGUAAGACCACCACGCUGCUUCAAGACUCUGUCAUACUCAAUCCAGAAAAUGGUUUCCAUGCUCUCAAGGCGAUACAGCUUCCCUCAGAUCGUUUGAACCGUGAGGAGACAAGGAACAAGUUUGUGUUUCUGAAGGUGGACUUUGGAGGCCUCCACUCUGAGGAGAGGGUACUGAUGGUGUCCUUUCAUUCUGGACACAUCUUCAUCCAGACAGACAAACCCAUCUAUAAGCCUGGAGAUACUGUUCGGUUCAGAGCCUUUAUGUCCUCUCCUUCCUUUAAAGCCCUGGACAGCUCUGUCACAAUAGAUAUCCAGAAUCCAGAUGGUGUGGUGGUCAAACAGAUAUCCAGGAGAAGAGCUGCUGAUGGUGUCGUUACAGACACGUUUCCUCUCUCUGAAAUGGUCAAUGAAGGAACAUGGAUGAUGACAGCAAAGUUUGACCAUUGGAAGCAGAACACGUUCACCUCCCAGUUUGAGGUGAAGAAGUACGUGCUUCCUGCCUUCAAUGUUACCUUGACUCUCAGGAAGUCCUACCUCGAUGUGGAAGACCGUGAACUGGUUGUAGAGAUCUCAGCCAGGUACCUGUAUAGGGAGCCGGUCCAGGGCACAGCCUAUGUGGUGUUUGGAGUGAAUAUCAACAAAAUGAUGAGAAGGUUGCCCGUAGUGCAUGUGUCAAAUCUGGUUGAUGGAGUUGCUGUCGUCAGGCUGAGCAUGGAGGAGAUCAAGAGAGUUUAUCCCAACAUUAGAGAUUUCUGGGGUGACUCUGUGUAUGUCAAGGCCUCUGUGCUCACCAAAUCAGGUGGUGACCUAGUUGAAGCCAUUUUGACCGGGAUUAAAGUUGUGAAAUCUCCAUAUGUCGUAUCCUUCAAAGACAUACCAAAGUACUUCAAGCCAGGCCUGCCCUUUGAAUUCACAGUCCAGGUGAGUCACCAUGAUGGUUCCCCGGCCAACAAUGUUCUGGUCAAGCUGAAUUUGUUGGAGACACCACUGGUCGUCAACUCCGGCACUGCCAGAGCCACCGUCAACAUGCCCAAUGAUCAACGCCCACAAACCAUUAUUGCUGAGAUCAUGCAAGAUGGCCUGAGGCCAGAGCAGCAGGUCAAAACACAUACCUUUGUUGAGCCAUAUGAGACCUUUAACCAGGACCGUAGAAACUAUCUGCACAUCUCUGCGGGGACUAACGCUGUAUCUGUAGGAGACGGACUGUCUGUGAAACUGACCAUCAAAACUGCAGACCAGACACAGAGAGACUUAAUCAAACACAUCACCUACCUGGUGAUCAACAAGGGCAAAAUCAUAAGUGCUGAGCGCCUGGAUGUGACCGGUCAGUUGCUCACCGGCAUUCCACUGACAGUCACCCCAGACAUGAUGCCAUCGUUCCGUUUUGUGGCUUACUACAGCAUUCCCGGGAGCAGUCCUGAAGAGGUGGUGUCAGACUCCAUCUGGGUGGAUGUGGCAGAUUCCUGUGUUGGAGGGCUGAAAGUUGGACCAGUGGAUGGCAUACACCGAGACUACACACCUGGAAGGAGCUUUCGCUUUCAGGUCAGAGGCGACCUGGGGGCAAAGGUCAGCCUGGUGGGUGUGGACAGUGCUGUCUAUCUGCUCAACAAGGACAGACUGACACAGAAGAAGAUUUGGGACGUGGUGGAACAUGGUGACAUUGGCUGCACUCAUGGCGGAGGCAGAGACGCCAGGAAGGUGUUCACAGAUGCAGGACUGCUCUUCACCUCGAGUGCUAACUUUCAAACUCCGACCAGACAAACCUUGGAGUGUCCAGGCGGUGCCAGAAGGAGGCGCUCUGCUGAGCUAUUGCGGCGUAAAGCCCAGCUGGAGAGUCACUACAAGGAGAGUCUGCAGCGUCGCUGCUGUAAGGACGGACUGAGGAAUAUCCCUAUGCCGUACUCCUGUACACAGCGCUCCCUCUACAUCACUGAGGGCUGGGAGUGCAUCCGGGCUUUCCUCCACUGCUGUGCCACUUACAGGGGCCCAGUGUUCAACACUGAAAUUCCCACCACCCCACCACCCACAACCACGACUCCCCCAACCACCACCCCACCACCCCCAACCAUAAAAACCGUACAUGGUACAUUCAUUGUAGAGGCACUUAUGCCUCACAAACCAAGAGGUGAAGCUGGGUAUGCAGGAGUUGAUGAAAAUAAGUUGGAGGAAGAGUGGGCAUACCCGGAUGACACUGAGUAUCUGCGUUCCAAGUUCUAUGAGUCAUGGCUGUGGAUGGAUGUUAACCUGCCCAGCAAGGCAGACAGAGACGGGUUGGCGUCUAAGAACGUGGACGACACUUUACCUGACAGCAUCACAGAGUGGGGAGUUCUGGCCAUUAGCUCAUCGCCCCAUACAGGUUUCUGUGUGGCUGAACCUUACAAGUUCAGAGCAUGGAAGCGUUUCUUUGUGGACCUGAAGUUGCCAUAUUCAGUAGCGAGGAACGAACAGGUCGAGAUUAAAGCUGUGAUCCAUAACUACGACUACGAAGACCUGCAUGUGAGGGUGAUACUGAUGAAGACAGAAGGUAUGUGCAGCAUCGCCUUUAAGAGCAGACACAUGCAGGAAGUGACGCUGGCAGUUGGAUCUUCUGUAGCGGUGCCCUACACCAUCGUACCACUGGUGGUGGGGAAACUUCCUCUGGAGGUGAUGGUAAUCGCCAGAGACAUGAUGGGACGAGACCGCAUCCAGAAAUCUCUAUGGGUGGUGAUGGAUGGGGUGCAGAAGAAAGAAGUUCGGAGUGUGGUGUUGAAUCCAUCGGCUGCAGGAGGAACACAGACAAUUCAUCUUGCCCCAUGCCCACUGGAGUCAGUGGUGCCUAACUCAGUGCCAGAGACAUUCAUCAACAUCAGAGGCAACGUGUUGGCAGACAGCAUUGAUAACUCCAUCAGUGACGACUCUCUGGCGUCUCUUAUCCAGAUGCCCGGUGGCUGUGUGGAGCAGAACUUGGCCAGAAUCACUCUGCCACUCAUCGCCACUCUCUACCUGGACCGAACCAACAGCUGGGAGAAAGUGGGGGUGCAGCGCAAGGUUGAGGCUAUACAAUACAUCAGGAGAGGUUAUGAGAACCAGCUGGCAUACAGAAAAAGUGAUGGCUCUUACCCCCCCUACAGGAACCAAGGUUCAAGUACAUGGAUCACAGCUUACACAGUGAAGGUGUUCUCCAUGGCUUACUCCAUCAUCAGCAUUGAUGAGCAGCAAGUGUGUGACCCUCUGCGCUACCUGGUGAAAAACACACACCAGUUUCCUCCGGGAAAGUUCAUAGAGGAUACCCUGGUUUACGACACUACCUUAACUGGCGGUCUCAGAGGUGACGACCCUGAAAUAACCCUGACGGCUUUUGUUCUCAUAGCGCUCGGUGAGGCUAAACAUGCAGGGAUCCACUGCACUCAUCCAGAUGUGAAUAUGGAGUUAGUCAUUGAUAAGACAGCUAACUACCUGAAGAGCGCGCUGGCGACAUCAGGGAGGAGACCGUACACUGUGGCCAUCACCUCCUAUGCACUGGCUCUGUUAGGGAAGGCUCAGCCUAAUGAGGUGACACAGUCAUUACUUGGAGUGGCAGCUCAAGAUGGAAGCCACUGGCCUGACAGUCAUAACACAUUAUUCACCUUGGAGGCGACCGGCUACGCCCUGCUGGCUCUAGUGACGAUGGGUCGCAUGGAGGAAGCUGAAGCACCCUUCAAAUGGCUCAACAGCCAGCGGAGACAAGGUGGCGGCUACGGCUCCACUCAGUCCACCAUGGUGGUGCUCCAGGCACUGUCAGGGUACUUGAUCAACAAACCCCUUCCUGAUGACUUCAGUCUGGAUGUGGACAUCAGCCUGGCAGGGCGCAAGGAAAUCAGCUACCACUUCACCCCCAGUACUGCGUAUGCUGCUCGCUCCUCCAGGUUGUCUGCGAAUCCUGAUGUGGAGGUGGAGGCUCGAGGGAAUGGACAGGGAAUAGUGGAGGUUGUGACCUAUUACAACCAAGUGCAUGAGGUGGAUGAGAAAAAGCCCUGUGAGCACUUCAAGCUCAACGUCACUAUUGAAGAAUCCAGCGAACAGCCUCCAGCAGAUGAAGGAAAGUCCUACCAGAUCAACAUCCAAGUGAAAGCUUUAGGAUCCCGAGAUGUCAGGAUGGUGGUCCUGGAUAUCAGUCUACCCACUGGCUUCACCCCAGACACCUCAGACCUGGAGAUGUUGUUGAACUCGGUGGACCGUUACAUCGAUAACUACCAGAUCGUUGAUAACCUGAGUGACAGAGGCUCUCUGAUCAUCCACCUGUUCAAGGUGUCUCACACACAGCCAGUGAUCCUGAUCUUCAGGCUUAAGCAGAGCUUUAAAGUCGGCCUCCUCCAGCCAUCCUCAGUUACUGUCUAUGAGUAUUACAACCCAGAUCACCGCUGCAGUCGUACUUACACUCCCAGCCAGGACAAAGAGGAGCUCUCUCGGAUCUGCAGAGACAACGUCUGCCGCUGCACACAGGGUGACUGCUGCGUGUCCAAAACUGACAGUGAAGAUUUCCCCAACAAAGAGAGAGAGAAGUUUGCCUGCAAGAGCUUACACCAUGUUUUCAAGGUGAAGGUGCUGAGUGUCAGCCAGAGUUACUACGACAAAUAUGAGAUGGAGAUCACACAAGUUAUCAAGCUGGGUGAGGAGGCUGGAGUUGAAGUUGGCCAGAAGAGGUUUUUCAUGUCUCAUGGAGGAUGUAGAGAGAGGCUCAACCUGGAGCAGGGCUCCCAGUACCUGAUCAUCGGCCCCAAAGAGGAUCAGUGGAACAUCGACAGUGAGACAAACAGAUUUGUCUACAUGUUAGGAAAGGACACCUGGGUGGAGCGCUGGCCUUCAUCUGCAGAGUGCUCCAGCAAUCCAAGCCUGCAAGCUAAAUGCAGGAGCCUUGAUGAAGCUGCAUCUCACCUGUCUCUCAGCGGCUGUACAGGUGUCUGAGCAAGAACUCGACACCAUUCCCCUGUAAAACCAUGGUACAGUACACUUCACAGUGUCUUUUCAAACCAUGUCUAUCUUUAUUAAGCCUGUGAGAAACAAAGCAACCAACCUAAGGAACGUUUCGAUCAAAUAAAGAGAUGGAAAAAGUGAUAAGUGAAAAAA